AUGACCAGCCUAGCAGCCGCCGAUCCAGUCUUCACCAAGCUAGGACCACGCAUAUCGCUCUUCAUCCCUCAAGACGCCGCGCCUGGUGAACUUGUCAUUCUCUGCACGUGGCUCGGGGCGGGCAAAAAGCACAUAGCCAAGUACGUAGCCGGGUAUCGCGAGAUUGCACCGCGCGCAAAGAUACUUCUUCUCGAAUCCAGCGUGUUCAACAUCGCCAGCCCAUACGUACGACAGUGGGUAGCCAUCAGACCGGCGGCAGAAGUGGUGCUCAGUGUACUCGACGAUUGCGCCAACGCGAACCGAUCCGGAGCGAAACCCAACAUCAUAAUUCACACCUUUUCGAACGGUGGCACCAAUUCUGCAACGCAGCUACUUAUCGUGCUCGAACGCCAGCUAGGUCAUGCCAUCCCUCUCAACGGUAUCAUAUGCGAUAGCGGCCCUGCACGCGGCACCUAUCGCAAGUCGUUCCACUCGAUGCUUCUUUCGCUGCCUAAAGGCCUCUUCUGGCGCAUUGUGGGACCCAUCAUUAUAACCUUCGUCAUUAAUGUGCUCUUUGGCUCCCAGCUCAUUGGGUGGGAGAAGCCUGAGAGGAUAUAUCGACGUACGCUGCUUGAUGCACGGUUUGUCGACUGCAGGAGGAUCUGCUACGCGUUUUCCAAGGCCGAUGAGCAUGUUGACUGGGAGGAUAUUACGAGCCACGCUGACGAGGCAAGGGCUAAGAGCUGGGAUGUCAGAGAGCUGGAGUUCCAGGGCACGCCGCACUGCAAUCACAUGUCACAGUAUAGAUCGGAGUACCUAAACGCCCUGGAGCGGGUUUGGAAGGGGUCUUCCCUGGCGCCUGGAUCGCGUGCGUUGCUUGAGCCAACAGGUUCUCGAGAGCUAGACAGGCUGUAG